CGGAUGAACACGUAGGUGUCUCGGUGUGUUAUACGAACGCGUGUAGUUUUAGGAAUAAGCUCGCCGAAUUAGGAGAAUUAUCUGAAAGACUACAACCUGAUGUGAUUACUAUCACUGAGACAUGGUUCUUAGUGGGUGUAGACUUAACUCCACUCAUACCUGGGUACAUCUGCAUUCGAGCAGAUAGACUCAUGAAGGUUCUCCGAUAUCAUAUUUCCAUGACGUCCCUCUGUUGUCAAACGUAUCUAAUAACUGCUACAAUAUGGUUGUUGAAAUCCCCCGUUGGACAAAUGCUAAAAUGGAAAUCUGCAAAGAAGAGUUCAUGAAUCCUAUCAAACAAGAUGUCAAGAAUAACCAAUUACGCUAUGUAGAUAAUGUAUUCCCACACAAAGGUUACAUUUGGAAUUAUGGUGCCCUACCUCAAACCUGGGAAGAUCCAAGUCAUGUGGAUGACAACACCCAAGCUAAGGGAGAUAAUGAUCCUGUUGAUGUUUGCGAAAUCGGUUCUAAGAUUUGGCCUUGUGGGUCAGUGAUACCUGUCAAAGUAUUGGGUAUAUUGGCCAUGAUUGAUGAAGGUGAAACUGACUGGAAGGUUAUAGUCAUCAAUGUAGCUGAUCCAAUGGCUGAGAAACUGAAUGAUAUUAAGGAUGUAGAUAUACAUAUGCCAGGACUUUUGAAGGCGACAAGAGACUGGUUCAAGUACUACAAAGUGCCCGCUGGAAAACCAGAAAAUGCAUUUGCCUUUAAUGGAGAAUUUCAGAAUAAAGAUUUCGCUACAAAAAUUAUCUCCCAAACUCAUGAACAAUGGCAAAAGUUGAUGUCUACUAAAGUUCAGGCUAGCACUAUUGUACGAGCUAACGUCACCGUGAAAGGAAGUCCUUACAUGGUAUCAAAAGAAGAUUUUACUAAUGCUCUACAAAAGUAUGAGGAAUUUAAACGUGGAAGUGAACCAACGAACAAAGCUAUUGAACAAUGGAAUUUUUGCAAUCCAAAUGCUUGAAAAUGUUCCAAUUAUCGAUUAUCCUUUUAAAUAUAAAUAUCACUACUGCAUGUUAGUCAUACUUCACUGUUCAGAUUAGUUUCAUAACAAAACUUACGCAUUUGUUAUACACUUGAAAAAUGCUUUUUUGUCUUCAUCUUAGCACUGGUCGCGUGUGUCUGUGUAUAGUGUACGUGGAUAUUUUGGAAUAAAGGUUUUUAAAAAUAAAUUAAAAUAUAUUUGUUCAAGGAAA